ACAAAGGUUAAACAAUUUUUAAGUAGAUUUUACCAUAAUUAGAAGGUAAAGACAAAAUCUAUAUAAAGGCUGCCAAGAGGUUGCUUAAGAGCACAAAACAAAACCCACUUUGUAGUAAAAAUGGGGAAAAUGGGGUCAUCAAUGACCUCUCUCUUUGUCACUCUUCUAGUGCUCGCAGUGUCUCUCAGCUUGCCUUCUGAAACCACAGCACACUACCGUUACUCAUCUCCUCCUCCACCUCCUAAGGAGUACCCACCACCACCCUACCACUACAAGUCACCACCUCCUCCUCCUCCUGUGUACUCUCCACCACCACCCAAGAAGCCUUACAAGUACAAGUCUCCUCCCCCACCAACUCCAGUUUACAAGUAUAAGUCUCCACCACCUCCUCCACCAGUGCACUAUCCUCCGCCCCUUUACAAGUACAAAUCUCCUCCUCCUCCUCCCCCUGUUUACAAAUACAAGUCUCCCCCACCACCACCACCGGUUUACAAGUAUAAGUCUCCACCCCCACCACCACCACCGGUUUACAAGUAUAAGUCUCCACCUCCACCUCCACCAUCACCACCCAAGCACCCGUAUAAGUACAAAUCUCCACCCCCACCACCACCAGUUUACAAGUAUAAGUCUCCACCUCCACCUCCACCAUCACCACCCACGCACCCGUAUAAGUACAAAUCUCCACCCCCACCACCACCAGUUUACAAGUACAAGUCUCCACCUCCACCCCCACCAUUACCACCCAAGCACCCGUAUAAGUACAAAUCUCCACCCCCACCACCCCCAGUUUACAAAUAUAAGUCUCCACCUCCACCUCCACCAUUACCACCCAAGCACCCGUAUAAGUACAAAUCUCCACCCCCACCACCCCCAGUUUACAAAUAUAAGUCUCCACCACCACCACCACCAUCACCUCCCAAGCACCCGUACAAGUACAAAUCUCCGCCACCACCUCCUCCAGUUUACAAGUACAAGUCUCCCCCACCACCUCCUCCAGUUUACAAGUACAAGUCUCCCCCACCACCCCCUCCGGUAUACAAAUACAAGUCUCCUCCACCACCUCCACCCCAUUAUGUCUACUCAUCACCACCUCCUCCUCACCACUACUAAGCAACGGCUUUGAACGUACCAAGGAGAAGAGAAGUGUGUGAUCCAAAUAAAGGGACAAAAUAUGGUUUGAAGAAAUAAAGAAAGUGAGAGAGAGAGAGAGCCAAGGGAGGGAGACUAGUCUCCUCGUUGAAGAGAAGAAAAAAAUAACGGAGACAAAGUAGAAGGGAAAGGGUUCAUCGUUUUCAUGUAUUUGAUAGUUGUAUUAUCCAGUGGUCUGCCGAUUUCUAUGUCUGCUUUAUUAUUAUUAUAGUAAAAAAAAUACUAUAUGUAUGUGUUUUCCAACCUUUUUGCAAAUGCAUGGGUUGAUCCGUAAUAUAAAAGAUCCAUUCCUCUAAAAAAAAUGGUUCACGUUUUCCUUUUU